AAACCCAAAAUUUUCCAAUCUACCAAACUCAAGAAAAGAAAAGAAAAAAGAAAGAGAGAGUCAGAGACCUACGAUAAACAAAACACUACAAAAAAAAAAAUAAUGCUAGAAAGUAAAGAUCCAGCGAUCAAGCUCUUCGGGAUGAAAAUUCCUCUUUCAAAGGUUUUACAAGCUGAAGAAGAUGAAUUAUCCGCAGAGAAGAACCAAAACGAGACAUUAACUGACCAAUCGGAGAAAGACAAAACCCUAAAGAAACCAACAAAGAUUCUUCCAUGUCCAAGAUGCAACAGUAUGGAAACAAAGUUCUGUUAUUACAACAAUUACAACGUAAACCAACCUCGCCAUUUCUGCAAAGCUUGUCAAAGAUAUUGGACCUCUGGUGGGACCAUGAGAAGUGUCCCUGUCGGAGCCGGACGACGCAAGAACAAGAACAACUCACCAUCCUCACAUUAUCGCCACGUCACCAUCUCAGAAACCAAUGGUCCGGUCCUUAACUUUAGCCUCAAAGAUGAUCACAAUACGUCGAAUAAUAGUUUCUUGAAUCCCAAGCUAGUAUCAGCUCAGGUAGAGAAGCAUAACCACCACCACACGGUUGAUGAUUCAAGAACACGUAAUGGUUUGAGUUGCAUGCCUGGAGUUUCAUGGCCGUACACGUGGAAUCCUGGUUUUUACCCGGUUUACCCUUAUUGGAACGUGCCAAUAGUUUCUUCUUCGCCUUAUUCAAGUCCUAAUCCUACUCUUGGUAAGCAUGCAAGAGAGGAAGAUGAGAAGAUCAAGCGAAAGCAGAUUAAUGGAUCUGUAUUGGUUCCUAAGACUUUGAGGAUUGAUGAUCCUAAUGAAGCUGCAAAGAGUUCUAUAUGGACAACACUUGGGAUCAAGAACGAAGUUAUGUUCAAAGGGUUUGAUUCCAAGAAAGAGGUCAACAAAGAAGAAGCAGAGACUUCUCUCGUUCUAUGUGCAAAUCCAGCUGCCCUAUCAAGAUCAGUCAAUUUCCAUGAACAGAUGUGAUCCUAUGCAUACUUUAUGGUUUACAUGUUUUUUCGACUAUGUAUUCAUAGGCUUUAACAGUUUUUGUACCAUCUACGUUUUACUUUCUUUUAAUAAGUUUGAUUUUUAUUAUAAAAUGAAUAUAUUUGCAGAAGUGUUCGUUUUGAC